AUUUCAAUGUUUUUCCUGAACGGGUGCAGGUGAAUAUUUCGCCCAUGUUGUACUACAUUAAGUAAAAACUAUACUCGCAACGAUGGAGAUCGUUGAAAAUAAGGGACCUGGAAUUACAGCUCCCAAACCGACGGACAUAUCCAUUGAUGAAGCUCUGGCGAUGGCAAAAUUCGGAAUAUGCAAUGUAGUUCUAAUGUUGGUUUCUGGAACCAUCCUGGCUGCAUAUCUGCUGGAAAUAUUCGGAAUUGGCUAUAUUAUUUCGUUUAUCGGACAUGAUAUGAAAAUUACCACCAAGGAAAAAGGAAUACUAAGUGCAAUAGGAUUUGCUGGAGUUAUCGUUAGUUCUCAUAUGUGGGGAUUCUUGGCCGACACCUACGGUCGGCGAAAAAUCAUGAUCCCAACAUUGUUUAUUACCUUCACUAUUAGUCUUAUUUCCAGCUUUUUAGCCAAUUUUUGGGUCAUUGUAUUCAUGCGAUUCAUGGUUGGAGUUUUCAUUGCAGGACCAUCGUCUGCCAGCUAUGCUUAUCUGAACGAGUUUCAUGAUCGCAAAAAUGGAUUCCGAGCGAUUAUGGGAGCGUCCAUAGUAUUUGCAGCGGGCAGUAUUAUACUUCCUGGAUUGGCCUACAUCGUAAUAAGUCAAGAGUGGGAGCUACCAAUCCCCCUUCUGGGUAUGGUUUACAGGCCAUAUCGAAUGUAUUUUAUUGUUUGCAGUCUACCAGGACUGGUAUGUGCAUUAAUACUACUGAAAUUGCCGGAGAGUCCAAAAUUUUCCUUUAGUCAAGGUGAAUCCAAUCGUGCAAUUGAAGCUAUUCAUUGGAUGCACAGAAUUAAUACUUUCGGUAAGAAAACAGUUCCACUUCGUUUCGAUUCUCUUCGGGAGAGCCAAGAAGACCAAAUGGAACGUGAGAGAAGGAUUUUAUUGAAGAACACCAGGGGCUUCCUAGCCUUUAUCAGAAUGGUGUGGAACCAGACAGUCCCACUUUUCAUGAGCCCACAUCUUCGGAAGACGACAGUUAUCUGCAUUCUUCAGUUCGUGUCGUACAUGGUGUCACAAGGAAUGUUCAUGUUUUUCCCAGAGAUCGUCAACCAGAUGGUAGCCGUGGAUGAAACCGGAAUCCGAAAAGCAACCAUGUGUCAACUCUUGAAACAUUAUGGAACCUUGGCGAUGGCUGCAGAGGAGAGUAAUGAAGCCAUACAAACGAUGAAACCGAGCGGGUUACGACUUUCGAUAGCUUUGGGAUCAAUCUAUGCUGUGGGAUUUGCGGUCAUCGCAACGACCAUUAACUUCUUCGGGAGAUUACCGCUGUUGGUGUUUGUUUUUGUGACCUGUGGUAUGGCAGGCCAGCUUUUGUUCUUUGUCGACUCGUCGGCAGUGGUCAUGUGCAUUUACACGGUGUUUCUGUGCAGUGGAUACACGGCAAUCAUGAUGAGUGCGAUUAUAACGGAUCUAUACCCGACGAACCUAAGAACAAUGGCUGUUUGCAUAUCGCUGAUGAUCGGUCGAUUGGGAAGUGCGUUUGGAUCAAAUCUCCUAGGCAUCUUGUUGGAAAAGCACUGUGAAUUGACAUUUGGUGUAGCUUCAUUACUGUUGAUCGCCUGCGGAAUUAUAUCGUUUUUCGUUCCGAGUAUUGAUCAACGAGACCAAUCAAAAAUACCAACGGAAGUGCAAUCACCAAACAUCACAGAAUAAAGCACCUAAUCACUAA